UGCUACAUUUUAGUCAAAAUUUGUAAUAAUGUUUUAAUACUUAUAUCUCGAAUGGAUUUCUGUAAAUAGUAGUCAAUGUCGGUCUUGAGAGAUAUUUUCAGAACGGCAGCUUCGAACCCCGUGGAGGCUCGAUUUAAUGUAAUCACCAAAUACCAUACUGUGGUUUACUUUGUAGUGUUUAUAAGCAAAAUUCCAGCAAUGUGGCAUAUUCUCAACCUGAUGAUUUUAAACCCGCCAAUGACGUACUCUUGUGGUAGCGCGGUACGGCUGUCGAACACGGAAAUGUGUCCAUGUGACAACCCUUCAUGGGACAGGAGCGUGUUCUCGGAGACUGUACAGACUAAAUUUGGGUUGAUUUGUGACAAGAAGAAAGAAAUCAGCUUAUCGGAAACAUGUGCAUUUGGUGGAAUGUUAGUUGGAGCUUUGUUAUUUGGAAUAUUAUCUGACAGAUUUGGUCGACUAAUGAUGUACAGCAUAAGCUUCUUUCUCACCGGAAUCUUUGGAGUUGCUGUCAGCCAGUCCCCAAACAUGAAAGCCUUCUUCACCUUAAGGUUUUUCGAAGGCGUUGGUGCCGGUGGUACCAUCGUCACUAGCUUUGUACUCUUAAUGGAAUACACUGGAACUAAAUAUCGGGAGACUAUCACUGCGCUGUACCACAUACCUAUUAAUCUCAGUCACCUAAUUUUAGCCGGAGUAUCGUAUGGGCUAAGAAACGCUUUUCACUUUCAGUUAGCCAUUUCUGUUCCUAUGUUCUUGUUCGGGUUAUCUGUUUUCUUUUUAAACGAAUCUCCGUUAUGGCUCCUAACUAGAAAGUACAAAGAAAGGACUGUGAAGGCGAUACAGUCAAUUGCAAAGUUGUGA